CUAUAAUAUCUUAUGACUUAUUUACCUAUUAAUUUUUUUUUUAUGUUAUUAUUUUAAUACUGAUGACGAAACAGCAUAAUGUGGAUUGUUGUUCAUUUUCUCAAAGAAAAUACAAUAGAGUCAGUUCCUAAUGUAUGGUUCAAUAAAAAGGAUAAAAAAUGUGCAUGGCCAUUAUCAAAAAACUGUGUUAAAAGAAUGAUCGAAAAACGGAUUUAUCCAAACAAAGUUGAAUUUCAAUGGUUUUCAGCUAGAAUUCUUGGAUAUCCAUAUGGCAGUUUAGUUGAAGCUCGUUUAAAAGCUAAAAAAGCUCAGUUCUUAUCAGAUUUAUCUUCUGAAAAUGAAGAUUUUAAAAAGAUAAAAAAAUCCAUCAAGAAAUAUGGAAAUUCUUCAAAGUCUUCACUCCUUCCAAGUCCUCCAUCUUUAGUAACAAAAAAAAACAACUCUCAGGACAAACUAGUAGAUUUUAAUAACAUUUCAGAAUCUGAAAUUGAAGACAUAGUUGAUUCUGAUAAUGACCCAGAGUACCUUCCCAAACGUUCAGCAAAUGUUGAUAUGAGCCCAAUCAAAUCACCUGCAGUUAAUACAUUCAAUACACCAGUAAAAUCAACCAUUGUGUAUGAUAAUGUGCCUGAUAAAUCCCCAGAUAAUGUCAACAAUUACUACUUGAAAUCACCAAUCGGAAAAAUACUUGUUGAAAAAGAUGAUAUUUUGAGCAGUAAUCACCAAAAUCAUUUUAUUGGUACAUCAUCCCAGCCUGUUAUGAAUUCUUCUGUUGAUGAAACGAUGAAAACUUAUAAGCGAGCAUUAUUUAUGUCUGAGCCAUCAAAAAAAACUAUAAAAGAUACUGUUUUGAUUCCUGAAACAAACUCAACCACAAGACCCAGAAUUAACACAGACAAAGAAGAUCGUUAUUUAAUGCCACCAGCUGACUUUCAAAAGUUUGUUAUAACUUCAUUAACUAAAAUUAAAUAUGAUUUAACUGCAUUAAGUCACACUGUAAAUGCAUCAAACAUGAUUUUGGAGAGUGGAGGUACAUUAAUUUCUUCAAACCUACCAAACACAUUUCAAGAAGCUUUUAUUCUUGAUGAAAUUUUUCCAAUAAAGUCAAUUAACGAACUUGAGGAUUUAGAACAAAAAAUUGAUUUAGAUAAACAGUUCAGAUUGAAUAUAAUCUCAAAAUUAACAUUGUUAGUUGGAACAAAAAGUGUUGGUGACAGUGUCAGAAGGCUGAUGGCGAAAAUGUUUGAAGACAAAGUCAUACUUGAAUUCUCUUUACAAGGGUUUAAGAAAAAAAAAUCUUUCAAACUAUGCAAAGUUUAUCGUUUAUUGAUUGAUGCAAUUAGAGUUCAUCCAAAGUUUCAAAAUCUAAUUGAUAGAGAAUUUGAUGUACCACUAGCAACAUGGUUGGCCCAUGCUAAGUAUAGGAUGAUCAACAAAAAUAAUUAUAAUACUGCUACGAUGGAGUGA